AUGAUCGACACCAAACGUAUGAACGCCACUCUCAAAGACGUUGGAAGAUGGAAACGACGCGAGUACGGCGUCGACGCGUGUGAGGUCACCAUCCUAAACCUCCACGCCAUGUCGGUCGGGGACGUCGUGCGCGCGAUGCGAGAGAGCGGUUCUAGCCUUUCCAGCGGCGACGCGUGCUUGGUUCACGAGACGCUACCGACGACAGAUGGCGCACAGAUAUCCAUUAGAGCACUGUUCAAGUGCUUUUCGCGCGAGCUCGAAGAUGAACUCACGAAACCUCUCGAGCCAGCAUACGAGAGUGGCGCCCGGGCCGAUGCGCUGGUCGACGAGCCCAACGCGGCGGAAACCGUGGGUCUGGUGCACGUUGAGCAUCGUCCAACGAGAGUGAAGAAUUCAAAAGAACUCGCGGAAGCUCCUCCUCGAAACGUGCUUGAGUCGACGUUCGAUUUGCCGGCGACACGAUUGGCUGACUUUGCGUCGCCGCUCAUCGCGUGCGAGAGCGACACGAGAUGGCGCGACGCCAUCGAAGAACUCGAUGAGCGAGAUAGACACGCUAUAUUCUUCACGAUCGAUGAUGACACGCACUGCGUCGUGACCGCGGAGGACAUCGUGCACUUUCUAGGCGUCGCCGAAACGCUGCGCCUCGCCAUCGGACAAUGCUUCGAUGAGCGCGUCCUGUUCGACACGACUCAGGACACGUUCAUAGUCGUUCAUCAGGAGCACAACUACGACAUAACAGCCGCGGAUUGUUUUCGCUGGCUCCAUCGUGAGGGUGAAGGGGUGAACGCGUGCGUGUUCGUCGAGUCAAGCUUUCGAGUCCCGGGCGAUACGCACAUCGAUCGUCACGGCCACAUCAUUUGUGAGUUGUCCGUACGCGAUUUGCUCGACUUGACGCCGGACAACUUUGAUCAAAUCUUCAAAGUCGAUCCAGUGACAUAUGUUUCCACCAAACCGAGACUUCGUGGUACGUGCAGAGGCGUCUUCGUCGAAGGACAAAGCGGCACGAGCUCAGAAAGCGCGCGAUCGUCGAUCGAGAAGUUAGCCAAGAAAGCGCCGAGACGACUCCCGAGGCGCUUCUACGUCAUCCAUCGCGAACGCGUUCGCGCCUUUACGCCCCUUUCUCUCCUACGAACGAUUGUCGCGUGUUCGGCGUAG